AUGACAACUGCAGUCACUGAGACAUCUGGCGAGGACCGGUUCGUCACCCAUCAUGAAGAAGAGCAGAUAGUUUCCAAUUCCGGACAUUGGGAUGAAAAUUCCCCCGUGAAGAAUGAGGAGUCGCAGGCGAUGCAGGAACAUCGAGCAACUGUGGGGCGCUUCUCGCCACAGGAUCAGAAGAGGAUCAUCCAGAGGAUCGACUGGCGAAUCAUGCCUAUUGUCGGCGCCAUGUUCUGCAUCUGUCUCCUCGACCGGGCAAACCUGGGGGCCGCAAACAUCGCCGGCAUGGCCCAGGAGUUGGGUCUGAACGAGGGCAUGCGCUAUUCCAUCAUCACACUGGUCUUCUUCCCGACCUACAUCGUCUUCGAGAUCCCGGCGACGCUGCUCAUCCGCUGGGUUAGCCCGCGCCUUUUCCUCUCCAGCGUGGUCAUGACCUGGGCUGUGAUCCUCAUUGGCGCUGGUUUUGCUCACGAAUGGCAAGUCAUUGCGGGCUUGAGAGCCAUUCUUGGAAUACUCGAGGCCGGCUUCUUUCCUGGUUGCUUGUACUUUCUGAGUACUUGGUACACUCGCUACGAGAUGCACAAGAGGUAUUCCAUGUGGUAUUUCAUUGCCUCAACACUCACCUCAUGUGGAGGCAUUUUGGCUUAUGGCCUUAUGCAGAUGCACGGGACUGCAGGCCUCGCUGGUUGGCGCUGGAUAUUUAUUAUGGAAGGCGUCAUUACCGCCGCAGUAGGCCUUGCUGGAUAUGUGUUCCUGGUCGGAUUUCCUGAAUCCAAGAAGAGAUACCGCUAUUUCCUUUCCGAUGCUGAGGUCUCCUUCGUGCUCGCGCGCAUUAACCUGGACCGUAACGAUGCCGAGAUCACGUCCUUCAACCUCCGGGAGUUUCUGUUGCACACAUUUGACCUCAAGCUCUGGCUGUUCGGCUUGAUUUACUGCUUUACCUUGGUUGUUGGGUACAGCUUCGCGUAUUUUCUGCCCAUCAUUCUGCUCUACAAGCUGGAAUUCAGCCUGGCUGCUGCCCAGUGUCUUGUGGCACCGCCCUAUUUCCUAGGCGGCCUGGUGAUGUUAGGUCAAGGCUGGUUGGGCGACAAAUACAAGACGCGGGCGCCGAUUAUUCUCUUCAACUGCCUCCUGACGCUGGUUGGAUUGCCCGUGAUGACGUGGAGUAGAGGAGCGUCCAGUCAAUAUGUAGGUGUCUUUAUCGCUGUCAUCGGCGCAAACUCGAAUAUUCCUGCCGCAAUGGCAUAUCAAGCAAACAAUAUCCGCGGACAUUGGAAACGGGCUUUCAGCUCGGCCACUUUCGUUGCCCUCGGUGGCGUGGGUGGCGUGGGUGGCAUUGCGGGCGCCCUGGUCUUCCGUAGCCAGGAUGCGCCCACUUAUCUGCCAGGCAUCUACGCCUGUAUCACGACGCAAGUCCUCACGGCCAUGAUCGUCAUCUACCUAUCCUGGAGGUUCCGACGCGACAAUAAGGCGGCUGAUGUAGGCGCAAAAGUCAUCGAAGGGGACACUGCCUUUAGAUAUACGAUAUGA